UUAAUGACCAACAAGUUCUACGGAGGCUCAGCUAGAAAUUGGUCCACUUUAGAUUCAGUUGAGAUUGUACAAGAUGGAGAAAAGUUUGCUAAAUUUAAUGUUUCUGUCAUCUCUGCUCCUGCAGAGUAUUCAUUUCAUUGUCAGCUGGUAGGAACAAGCAAUCUCUAUCCUGCAAGGCUGAUUCCAUCCAACAAUGAAGCAAAAAAAUGGGAUGUUUUCAUUUCCAGGUUGCAAAUUCAAGGCUUCAACAUUGAAAACAACCAGUUUUCCUAUGCAAGUGACUGUACAGGUUUCUUCACUCCUGGAAUCUGGAUGGGCUUGGUGACAUCUAUAGUUUUACUGUGGAUCCUGGCCUAUGGAAUCCAUAUGAUCAUGCAGCUCACAACAAACAGCAGAUUUGAUGAUCCCAAAGGUCCAGCUCUGUCAGUUCCUCAGACAGAAUAGCCAUGGAUUGACUUAAUGCUGCUAUGGCUUUUCCUAGUCUGAUAUUUGUGAUUUUUAGAAACUUUCUACUUCAUAAUAUGUGUAACCUUAAAAAGAUAUCACAGCAGAAAGAGAUAAUUAAACUACAUAUAAAAAGGAUCCUUAUGCUUGGAAACAAUAAUAAUUCUACUUGUUAUUACCAUCAUUUGUUAAGAACUAUCUGUGUUAAGGGUCUGAGGUGAGG